ACACACACACACACACACACACACACACACACACACACGAAGCUGCUGAUUCUCUGUGGAGAACGGACUUUGUGAUGCCAGGGGGUGCUCCUCCCUCCACUGCCCUUUCCCCUCCCCCCGCCCCCAGCUACCCAGGGGCUAGGUCACUCUGGACCUUGCUACUUCCUGUUACUGGCUGCCGCAGUUCAGAGGCUAUGGAGCUCUGGAAGCAGCUGAGGCAGGCUGGACUAGUGCCCCCGGGGCUGGGCCCACCCCCGCGCGCCCUGAGGGGAGUCCCCCCAGUGGAGAAGGUGGGUCAGACCCUCGCGUCCCCAGGGUCUGGCGCUGGAGGUGCCAGGGAGAGUCUGCUGUGGAUCUGGGAGGAGCUGGGGAACCUCCGCCGAGUGGAUGUCCAGCUGCUGGGCCAGCUGUGCAGCCUGGGACUCGAGAUGGGGGCACUGCGGGAGGAACUGGUGGCCUUCCUGGAAGAGGAGGCAGAGGAGAACACCGAGGAAGAGGAGGAGGACAGAGAGCUGAAAGGGAAACUGGAGGGAGCCUACAGUCCAGUCCUCGGCCACCACCGCCCCCCUGACUUUGAGAUGACUAUCUGAGGCCCUGCCAGUGUGCUUCCAAUGGACAUGUGAAUGAUACGCAAAUUUAUGUAAGAAGACAGGGGAAGGGAGGGAUUUGCAGGUCUAACUGACCUGCAGAUGUCCAAUUUGGUACGGUCAUGUGCUCCUUGAGCAAGUGCUUUCUCUGAAAGUGUCUGAGAUGAGAUUGAGGGGUGGGUCCCUGAAUGGUGUGUGUGUUUCUAGAUGCUGUGGGAGGUUUGCAGAGAAACUCUUGGUGUCUUUGCAAAUAUGAUGGAGAUGUGUACAGGUGGCUAGUAAGCACUUGGAGAGUGGCUAGCUCUAACUGAGGUCUGCUGUAAGUGUAACACACACGCUGAAUUUCCAAGCUGGGUUUGAUAAAAGGAAUAUUCAGUAUUUCAAUCAUUGUAAAAGUUAAUUCUAUUUUGAAAUGAUAAUAUUUGGGGUAUG